AAAGAUAUUCUUUUACUCCUUUCCCCUAACUUAACUCAAAAUCCACCCUUUCCCGUCAAACUACCCUCCACUUCCCCUUGACUCAAUAACCGCCGCCCACCUCUGUAAAUCAUCGUCCUCAAUCACCCACCCCAUCCCCGACCUAUUAACUUAUAGGUACCUAAUUAUAAUUGUACAUAUAUGUCUUAGUCAUUAACUUUCAUUAGGGUUUGAUUGAGGACCUAUAUAUAUAUAUGUUGUGACCGUGGCUGUAAAGUAUUACGUUGAAUAAGAUUGGCUUUAGAGGGUUUAGGAUCUCCCGUGGACGUAUAGUCCUGGAAAUCAGUUGGGAUACCACAUUAAAAGAUUGUGUUCUUGUUCUUCGUAUAUAGUUUGACAUUGUAUCAGAGCGACGGGUUUUUUGUUGAACCCUAUUGUUCGUAGUUUCUUAGCAGAUGGUAGAUCUCAUUUUUCGGUAGUGGUGUGCCUAUGGAUCCAACAAAGAUGGAUAUGGUUGCAGUCAAGAUUGAUGGGAAUAACUUCCCUCUAUGGGAAUUUCAGUUCCGGAAUUUUGUAAAAGGCAAGCGGCUUUCAUCUGUUUUGGCAGGUGAAUCAAAGCGUCCUAGCGUGGAUGCUAUGAAGAAGCAGAAGGAGGAUUGGGCAUCGUCUAAUGCCCAGGUUGUGACGUGGUUGUUGGCCUCCGUUGAUGUUCAAACGAUGUUGAGCCUGCGCCAUUUUGGAACAGCUCACGACAUGUGGCGGCAUAUCUGUGAUACGCAUUCUCAGGCAAAUACGUCACGCAUUUAUGAACUUGAGACUUCUAUCUCGAGCGUUUCUCAAGGACAACGCAGUCAAAAUUGGGAUUUUGAUCGUAAAAUCGUAGCAUUUUAGAAUUUUACUUAGAGGUUCUGAUACGAUUUUACUAUAAAAUUGAUGGACCUAAAAAUUAGGAUUAAAAUUGUUAAAAUCUU